AUGAUUAGUGAUGGUGAUGCUCACUUCUGCAACAACUUGUUGAAGAACCUUCUAGCAAAGUAUGGGGUGAAGCAUAAAGUCUCUACAGCUUACCACACACAGACAUACGGACAGGUAGAGGUCUCGAACAGAGAAGUGAAGCAAAUCCUAGAGAAGACCGUGAAUGUUCAGAGGAAGGACUGGGCAAUGAAGUUGGAUGAUUCCUUGUGGGCAUAUCUCAUAGCAUAUAAAAACCCCAUCGGAGCAUCUCCUUACAGACUAGGGGCGUGUGAGAAUGCAAAGCUAUAUAAGGAGAAGACUAAGAGAUGGCACGACAAGCAUGUCCAGCAUCGUGAGUUUGUGCCAGGGCAGCAGGUACUACUCUUUAACUCGAGACUGAGGUUGUUUCCGGGCAAACAUAAGUCCCGUUGGUCUGGACCAUUUGUAGUGACUAGAAUCACACCCCAUGGUGCAGUCGAGAUACAAACCAUGGAUGGGGUGUGCAAGUUCUUGGUGAAUGGGCAGCGUCUCAAGCGAUAUUGGGGCGGAGAUUUUGACAAAGAGAAGGAGAAAGUGCUCCUUAAUGAUGAGUAG